AUGGCUGCCUGCAGCCUGGCACUAGGACUGUGGCUCCUGCUGCUUCUCCAGGAUAUCCAGACAGCCCCACAGACAUCAUUAACCUCAUCUCAUUCCUGUGACACACUUGAGAAUUGGUUUUAUGAUGAAACUUCACAAAGCUGCUGUUACCAGUGUCCCUCAGGCUAUGUUAAAAAGAAAGCGUGUCCUAGUGACCCAGAUGAGGACUGCAUGAGGUGUGGACCUGAACAAUACGUGAACGAAGCAUUUCAAAAACCACAAUGCGAUGCUUGUGUAUCAUGCGCAGAAGAAUCUGACCUUGUGGAGAAAGAGCCCUGCUCCUUCAAUUCUAGUCGCGUGUGUGAGUGCCGCCCAGGCCUGUUCUGUCAAACCCCUGUUCUGAACACCUGCAUACGAUGCCAGCAGCACACUAUUUGCAAGCCUGGUUUUGGAGUCAAAGUCAGAGGCACCUCAACAAAUGAUGUUACUUGUGAAGAGUGCCCUUCUGGGACCUUCUCUGAUCAAAACUCCAGCACUGACAUCUGCAAGCCCCACACAAACUGUGCUGAGCUAAACAAAGUAGCACUAAGGAAAGGAAAUGCCACACACGAUCAGGUUUGUCUGGAACAAUUGCCUACCUACCUCACCCCAAGCACUUUGUCCAUGAGAUUCAGCAAUGAAACAAAGAAUUCUGACCUAAGGAGAUUUGAGGAGAACCUGGUGACCGUUGCUAGUGUCCUUUUACGUGCCACAACAACUGAGAACCCCAGUUCAACUCCUGAGGAGAAAGUUCCGGCUGGUCUAGUUCUUUGGGGAGUGGUUCUCUCUGUGGUAGUGCUACUUGUGGGCAUGCUGUUAUUUUGGAAAUGGAAGGUUUGCAAGAAGCGGAUCUUCAUCCUCAAAGGAAAGCCACAUCUGCAUUCCGUCACUUCACACAAAUCCAGGCUCAAAUCUCAAGGUUCUGAUCUAGUGAACAAAUGCGCAAAGAUCAUACUGACUGCCGACAGUGGGCCAGAAGAGAAGGAGUUAAUUGACAGAAUUCUCCCUUUGGAAACCAACAAUAACUUGGUCUCCAGCACAGAAAAAGCAGAUAGUCCUGAUCUGAGUCUGACUGAUGUGACACAGAGCAAUGGAAAUGCCCCAGACUGCCCCAUCGAUUCUCGAGUGAGAGACCACACAAAUAAUCGAAUUGAAAAAAUAUACAUCAUGAAGGCCGACACUGUUAUUGUGGGGUCCAUUUCAGAAGUGCCUAGUGGCAAGAACUGUGCUGCUAGAGCAUGUGAAAGUAACGAUGAUGCCCAGAAGAACAUGGAAGAGGAAGUGGCAAUGCACUAUCCAGAGCAGGAAACAGAGUCUUUUCCAGGGAACGACGUAAUGGUUCCUGUGGAAGAGGAGGGAAAGGAAUUUCAUCACCCCACUACUGCCACUGAAAAAUGA